AUGCCGGGGACCUGCGGCUCCCGGAGCCUGGCGGCCGCUCUGCUCUUCUCCGCCCUGCUGGCCUCGGCGGGAGCGGCGGGCGGCUGUGCCAAGCUGGGACGCUGCUGUUCGGGCAGGAGCAUGGAGUGCGCGAGCGCCGGUUGGAGACCCGACGGAUCCUACGGGCUCUGCUAUUGCGACCAGGCUUGCCUUUCCACCCUGGAUUGCUGCAGCGACUAUCGGCACUUCUGCUCAGAGGCCUCCUGCCUGGUCUCUGACUGGAGUGAAUGGAGUGGGUGUGCAGAACGCUGCAAAGCGACCUACCGCCUCCGAAGGAGACACGUGACUCAGGAGCCCAGAAACGGGGGAGAAGCCUGCCCUGCUCUUGAAGAGAAAGCUGGCUGUUUGGAGUAUUGGACUCAGCAAGGAACACUGUGCAAGGACGCCAUUCUCCCAGCAUUAAUAACCACCGGAGGCUAUGGGAAAGCAAGGAGAAAACGUGCUGUACUCAGCGGGAGAGAAAGAGUUGGGUAUUGUGUUGAGUUCCAGCUCAUGGCCAUCACAAAAGGCUGCCUACAUGGGAACAGUUCCUACACUCAUUGGAUGAAAUAUCUCAGUGAAGGGCACACAGUGUGUGUGGAAUGUCAACAUCCAGCCCUAGAUCACAAAAGUCUACACUGCUCUGGGGAUGGGAGCGGAGCUAAGAAGAACCAGCUACUGCACUGGCAAGCUGUGGGGAAUCCGAGAUGUAGAGGAACCUGGAAGAGGGUUCGUCAGAGGGAUACUUGCACUUGUCCUUCAGUUCACAGCUUUUUGUUCAUCUGACUUUUCAUAUAAUGCCACCGACGUUGAUUUUAUCACUACUGUAGUCUUCAUUUACAGAAAUUCAGGGAAUAAGGUGCAACCUGCUGCAUGGACUUUUCAACAUUCUUCCAAUGUCCAAAGCCCUACCUCUCACUCCCAAUAUUUUAUGUUUCCAAGUAUAUUGAAUAGCAGCAUUUAAAGAGGAACCACUGUAAGAGAGAGCCAGGAUCGUAAGGUUUUGAUCUGAAGGCAGACUCUGAUGAAUGCAGAUGGAUAACCUUGUCUCACUGCUCAAUUUGGAUCAUCCUCAAGGUGCACAAAGCAGUUGCCUCUGAAAAUUAAAAUAUUUCAAGUUGAGCUAGUCUUCACAUAUUGCUCACCAAGUUCUCUUUCUGAGUUUAUCAACUUCUUCCAUUUCGACAAAGCUUAUCUGCCUAAGACAGCUGCAGUGAACCUGGAGACAGUCAAAGAAGAGCAAACGUGAUCUAAUCUUUCUGUUCUAUGUCCAUCCACAGACUUUUAUAAUCUCCUAAAUCUUGUAUCAAAGCCUGAGCUUAAGGAAUUUUGGUAACAUUUCUUGAAAUUAGUACAGGAUGGUUUAUGUUAUGUGCAGAGAUAAAGCACUCUGUGAUACUUAUCACAGGAUUCAGCUUCCCAAGAAUCUCCUUCCCUUAUGUUUCAAAAGUUUUUAGAUUUUAUGACUGCUGCCAAGCUAUACUUGGAACUUUUAGUGCCUACUGUAAUCACGGAAGCUGUAGAUUGUUGGAAAUGAUUUCCAGGCAUGUAACUUUUCGUUUCAUGGCAGUCCCCUUUUAUAUUUAAAUUGCAAUCGCUGAAUAUACUGUAUACUGUAGUUCCAAUAUCCAUAUUUUCAUACAAUUUGCACCAGCAAUAGAUUUCAGGAUUUGUACUUUCAUACAGAAUUUCAUAAUUCUUCUGCAUGUACUCAACUAAACUGACAAUCUGAGCUAACCCUGUAUAUUUUAAAGUCAUCUGCUUCAUUUUUGUGAAACUGGAAAAUAUGCUGGUUAGUUUUUCAUUCCUUAAGGUCUCCUUCCUUAAGUUUCUGCACAAAACAAAAAGCCAAAGAAAUAUUGGCAAUUGGACAGUAAUGAUUGAUGUGGUCCCUAGAAGGUUAAUGGCAGCUUUAGGGAGGCAAUUUAUAUUGGGAAAAUUGCAUACAAGAAUGACUAACCUGUAGAUGCACUUCUUCACAGUUUCUUCCACUGGGAAGCCCACUCGUGGAUAUUGUUGUUUAAUGGAUUCUUGUGUUUUGAAUCUCUAUGCUUCCUUGUGUCUUCCUUUGAUUUUGAUGAAUAAGAAAAUAAGGCAUCUUUUGAUUUGUCUGAUCAAGGUAGAAUUCAGAUGUCUCUGUAGACUAGCUUGGCUUUUCACUCAUUGACAUGUGGGGAUGCUCUAGGGUAGGGAUGAGGCAAUUA